AGUUGUUUUGAAAGUUAUAACGCCAUGGAUUUCGACAACGCCAAGGAAAACAUACAGCCAUUAGCAAGUGGACGCAACGCUGGCAUGCUGCAGGCAUCGCUUUGUCAGGAUGCCAACCAAGAAUUAAGCGCACAGCGACAACAGCUGGAGCAGCAGAUUACAAAUUACGCUGGCGAUGAUCCACUGGAGGCUUGGUAUGAGUAUAUAUGCUGGAUUGAGCAGAGCUAUCCAGCAGGUGGCAGUGGUUCUGGACUGCAAAAAGUGCUGCACAAAUGCUUGACGCGCUUUGAACAGGACGAGCGCUACAAGCAGGAUCGUCGUCUCAUCACGCUAAUCAUCAAAUUUCUGGGCAACAAAAGCGAUGCCAUUGAGUGCUAUCAGCAGAUGUAUAACAAUGGUCUGGGCACCAUGUUAGCUGAUUUCUAUAUAGCCUGGGCAUAUAGCUACGAUCUGGGCGGCAAUAUGCGCAAAGCGAACGAUAUCUUUCGUUUGGGCAUUGAGUGCCGCGCCGAGCCGCUGGAGGAUUUGAAGGAGGCGCAACAGCAUUUUGGUUACACAGUGUCCCAGCGUAUGUUGUACAGCGAUGGUGUGGAAGCAGAUGCGGCUACGCAGGAGCUAAAUGAACGCCGUUUGGCCUUGCGCUCGUUGCAUGGACAGCGACGUAAUAAUAAGAAUGUCAUGAUAACAGGCAGCGUGCGCACCGGGGCAGCUGUCAGAAGUAAUAUGCCAGGCGUUGUGGAGCAGGGCGCUGCACCCGGCACAAGUCGCGGUGCUCGCAAUGCUCAACGCCAGAUGCAGGUGUUCAAUGAUGAAAACGCCGACGUAAAUGUACCAGCAGUAGCUGAAACUGCGGCCAGUGCCGAAGCAGACAAUGCCAAGUCUAGUUUGCGUUCGAUUAUAGAUGCAGCGCGCCAGCAGGAGAAUCUCAAGGAGCCUGUAGCCUGGCACAAGCCUCACAAGCAUGGCAAAAUCUUUGGCAAGCAGGCACAUGAACCUGGUUUUGCCAUCCAUGUGGAUGAGAAGACAUUGCCACGCAUAGUCAACAACGAAAACAAUUUGGAGAAACCCAUACGCUUACCUGCUACAUUUGUAGCCAAGAACAAACCACAGGCGGCUUGGGUAACUCCUGUGACUAUAGAGGAGAAGCCAGAUGAUAAAACGCUGCCUAGCUACAACAAGUGUAUGCUUUAUCCGCGCGCUAACAAGGAGUUCUCACUAGAGGAGUAUUGGGCCUAUCGCUGGCUACAGCGUCGGGAUGCGCAGCAUGAGUUUGUGCAGAGUCACAAUGAAUGGUGGGGCAAUGGUCCAAAAUAUAACGUGCGCUUGUAUCCAAAUUUUGCACGCGCUAACUUGCCGCAGGCUGCAGACCCAGCGGCGUUUGUAAAGCCACCCACGGUGGCUAACUUGGAGCUGCCAAUGGAUGACAUCUACAACGAGGCAGAGCAGCAGGAGUAUCAGCUGGAGGAAUUGCGUGCAGUCAAAUGGCAAGAGAACUGUAAUAUGACGCGCGUGGGUGCAGUGGAUAUGGAAGAGACGGUUUGCCUGCCGGGUGAGCAGAUGCCGCGACGCAAAAGCUUCUUUCCUGCAAGUAGCAUAAGUCAUAAGUCCAUGCUGCCCAAGGCGCAAAUAUCUUUGGUCUUGGAGGAGGAGGAAGAAGGCGAGGCGGAAAAAGAGGAACAGCAGCCAACAGCGUCGGCGGCCAUUAAAGUGUGGGAAGACUCAGCUAGCGGCGAUGCCGUAGUGCCAGCUGCCUCGACAAAAGCGACUGUUGUGGCUGCUCCAGAUGCGGACAAGGAGAACUUUUUGAUGCCUGCGCCCCCAGCGCGCAAAAUUGACAUCUACGAGGAUGAAGUGCAGCAGCCAGCAACAAGUGGAGCUGCUCCUGCUGCUGCUGCUGCUGCCUGGGAGGCGGAUGAAACAUGUUCCACGCAAAUGUUCAACGUAUUUCUCAAAUCGCAGGCGGUAAGCACGCCCAAGGCGCCACAAAAACAAGUUGCCAUCACUAGCGCCAGCAGACAGUUUGGCACAGUGCUGAAGGAGACACCACCACCAAUGUUGCCGCCAUCACCGCUGAGCGACGAAUCACCCGAGCAUCCAGCAGCGCUGCCCUCGACGCCUUUGCUGCGCAAGCAGCUGUCCACUAUACUGGAAACAUCCGAGCAUGGCACACAUGGCAGCUCCGCAGCCACAAAUACCAAGUCCACGCUGGCCUCCAUCGCCAGCUGCAGCACACCCAGCAGCACCAUGGCCACUGUGCUAGCGCAGACAGGCAAAUCCGAGACGCUACUAGGAGAACGCACGCCAGCUACGACGCGACUGCAGCCACAGCAGCAUCAGUCGCAAGCGGAGUCUAUAGUUGCGGGUAAAUUUGAUCGCUUGCAGUUAUGGGAACCAGAUUUGCCCAGCGCGCCGCUGCUCAAGUCGCUGCGCUUCCAAGAAGACAAAACAGAGACAGUCACCAGACCCUUGAUGAGCUGUUUUGUCGAGGAUAAAACAGAAACGAUGCCCAAGCUGCCAGUGGGACUAAGCUUAGCAGAUGACUCCAUGCUGCCGCCACCGCCGCCGCUGCCACCUUUGCUGGAGUAUGAGGGCGAGCAGAGCAGCUGUGGCCUGUUUGCCGCAUCGCCGCCGUCACAGUCUGGCAAGCGUGUGUGUAAUCAAGCGACGCCCGAUUUAUUUAGCAAAUCCAUGACAAUGGGUCAGCCGCCAGUGGCGAAGAAUUCUUUUGCCAUAUUUGAGGAUGAGCUCUUAGCGCUGCCAGCGCCAGAGCAGCGCAGCAAGCCCUUGGACAGCAUAAACAAGCUGGCGGAAUCCUUUAUAACAGAUCUGAGCUUUGUGCCAGAGACGCAACCGCCACCAGUAGCAGCAGCAGCGCCGCCAGCAGCAGCAGCUGAAGUUUCAGAAAAGUUUAGCAUAUUUUUGGAUGAGAGCAUGCCGCCUAUGCCGCCACCAUUGGAGCCAGCGGCAGUAGUGGAGGCGCCAGCAACGCAGCCAACUGCUGCAAUGCAUUUGACAGCUUCGUUUAUGAAUGAUUUUACAGAUUUAAGCAAAUGCCAAUCGCCGCCCAAGAGCAAUACAUUCAAAACAUUUCUAGACGAAUCUGCGCCAUCCAAGCCAGCACAGGAUAAGUCGCAAGCCAGCGCCAGCGCCAGCAAGAGCAGCAGCGACUAUUUUGAAUUGAAUGCAGCAACCGAAAUGUUUGGACGCAAUGUCAGCACCAUAAAGAAUUCAACGCUGCUGCCAGAGGAGUGCAAAACGCCAGCAAAAGCGGCUCCAGCUCCAGCUCCAGCGCCAGCGCCAGCAGUUCCAAUUGAUAUUUUAAUAGACGAAGUUCCAGAUGCGCACAACGAUCUUAGCAUUUAUUUCAAGAGCACACCGAUUACACCGAAGCAAUCUCACCGCUCCUGGCUGGAGUCCAGUCGUGAGGCGACUCCCAAAAAAAACUAUGAGCAUCAUAAACUAAAUCAAACUGCACUAUCGCCACUGGUGGAUAAGCAAGUGAAUCCUUUUAGCGUGGCAGUUAUUAACUCUUUGCUCGACUCUGUAGAGUUUUCAAAAUACAUUGAAUCACGCGAGGAUUGUCAGCUGGAGGGGCAUGUGAAGCGACUCAGUCCAAAUAGUGUGCUUGAGGUCAAAGGUGAGCAGUUCAAGGUGCUCAAAAUGAUAGGCAAAGGCGCCUAUGGCUCAGUCUACAGCGGCGUGCACACAGCCAGCGGCAAAAAGGUCGCACUCAAGCAGGAGAAGCCCACAAACUAUUGGGAGUACUACAUAUGCCUGGAGCUGCAUACGCGUCUGCCCAGCGAGCAAAUGUUUGCUGCCUAUAUGAGCAUUGACUACGCGCUCGUCGGCCACAACUGCAGCGUCUAUAUAUCCGACUUGUCGGAGUACGGCUCGUUGCUUCACGUUUGCAAUAAGGUGAAGAAGCGCUCCAACAAGAAUGUCGAUGAGUAUGUGGUUAUGCAUCUAAGCUGUCAGCUGCUGGACAUUCUAGAUCAUCUACAUGCUGUGGGCAUUAUACAUGCUGACAUUAAGCCAGAUAACUUUUUAGUCAUGAGGCCUUUAAGCUCAGAUCCGAACAAACUCAGCCUGCAGCUCAUCGACUUUGGCGUUGCCAUAGAUACGUCGCUCUUUCCGCCGCAGCAAACAUUCCAAUAUGUGCACAACGACGAAACGUUUAAAUGCAUAGAAAUGCGCACGGGUCGCAAUUGGACAUAUCAGCUGGAUUUAUAUGGCUUGGUUGGUGUUAUGCAUGCCAUGCUCUUUGGCACUUAUAUACAGGUACAACAACGCCAGCCCAGCGGCAUUUGGAUGCCCAAGAUCAAUAUACCGCGCUAUUUCAAUCGCCAGGCCUGGGAGUGCAUCUUUCGCACGCUACUCAAUGUGCGCGAUUGCAAUAGCAUGCCCAAUUUACAGGAAUUGCGUACGCUGCUUAAAUCCGAGCUGGCCGAAAAGGAAAAAUAUGUGGAUAUGGCCGUCACAAAGUUUAACAAGAUAUUACAGUCCAAUUAAUCAAUCUAUCUAUAUACAGUUUGUAAGCUUUAAGUUUAGACAUAGUUUAAAAUUAACUGAGUACAGUU